UAGGCCUUACAAUUGCGUUACGUCAUCACCGACAGUCACAUCUUUGUCAGUGAACAAAAUGGCAACCUACUGUCUUACGGUCGCACGGCUGCAGUUGGCCCUGGGCCAUGGUGCGCGGCGCCUGCAUAUCUCAGCAGCAUACAGAGCGAAGGCCAAAGUGUCCAUGAGCCGCUUUGAGCCCACUUCCUUCGUCAACUACGAGAAGCUGCAGUCCAACGUUGACAUAGUACGAAAGAGGCUCAACCGGCCACUCAGCCUGUCAGAAAAGAUUGUGUAUGGCCACCUCGAUGACCCCCACAACCAGGAGAUCGAUCGUGGUCGCACCUACCUGCGCCUGCGUCCCGACCGUGUGGCUAUGCAGGAUGCUACUGCCCAGAUGGCAAUGCUCCAGUUCAUCAGCAGCGGCCUGCCAAAAGUGGCUGUGCCCUCCACCAUCCACUGUGAUCAUCUGAUUGAGGCUCAGAUUGGAGGAGCCAAGGACUUGGCCAGGGCAAAGGAAAUUAACCAAGAGGUUUACAACUUCCUGUCCAGUGCUGGGGCAAAAUAUGGAGUUGGCUUCUGGAAACCUGGCUCUGGCAUUAUCCAUCAGAUCAUCCUUGAGAACUAUGCCUAUCCCGGAGUAAUGCUUAUUGGCACAGAUUCCCACACGCCAAACGGCGGGGGGCUUGGUGCCAUCUGUAUUGGAGUGGGUGGAGCUGACGCUGUAGAUGUCAUGGCUGGAAUCCCCUGGGAACUCAAGUGUCCCAAGGUGAUUGGCGUGAGGCUGACAGGCACCCUCUCCGGCUGGACGUCUCCUAAGGACGUCAUCUUGAAGGUGGCUGGGAUCCUGACAGUAAAGGGAGGCACUGGAGCUAUUGUAGAGUACCAUGGACCUGGAGUCAACUCCAUUUCCUGCACUGGAAUGGCCACUAUUUGUAACAUGGGAGCAGAAAUCGGGGCCACAACUUCUGUGUUCCCUUACAACCACCGCAUGAGGACCUACCUGGAGAAGACUGGACGUGCAGAGAUCGCUGCUCUGGCUGAUGAAUACUCCGAUUUGUUGGUACCAGAUGAAGGCUGCGAGUAUGACCAGGUCAUUGAACUCAAUCUGGAUGAGCUGAAGCCCCACAUUAAUGGACCAUUCACCCCUGACCUGGCUCACCCAGUGUCUGAAGUCGGUGCUGUGGCUAAAAAGAACGGCUGGCCGCUUGAGGUGAAAGUUGGUCUGAUUGGCAGCUGCACCAACUCCAGCUACGAGGAUAUGGGUCGCGCCGCCUCUGUGGCCAAACAGGCUUUGGACAAAGGCCUGAAGUGCAAAGCACAGUUCACGGUCACCCCUGGCUCAGAGCAGAUUCGUGCCACCAUUGAGAGAGAUGGAUAUUCGAAGAUCCUCGGAGAUGUCGGAGGUGUGGUCCUUGCAAAUGCAUGUGGACCCUGCAUUGGACAGUGGGACAGGCGUGAUGUGAAAAAGGGAGAGAAGAACACAAUCGUCACCUCCUUCAACAGAAACUUCACCGCCAGGAAUGAUGCUAAUCCUGCAACGCAUGCUUUUGUUACCUCCCCUGAGAUCGUCACUGCUCUCGCCAUCGCUGGCACAUUAAACUUCAACCCUGAGACGGAUUACCUUACAGCCCCCAACGGUGAGAAAUUCAAGCUGGAGCCCCCCAGUGGAGAUGAACUGCCCGCCAGGGACUUUGACCCAGGCCAGGACACCUACCAGCACCCUCCUGCUGACGGCAGCAGCCUCAAGGUGGACGUCAACCCUCAGAGCAACCGCCUGCAGCUGCUGGAGCCCUUUGACACAUGGAACGGGAAUGAUCUGGAGGACAUGCAGGUCCUCAUCAAGGUGAAGGGAAAAUGCACCACAGACCACAUCAGUGCUGCAGGACCUUGGCUAAAGUUUCGUGGUCACCUUGAUAACAUUUCCAACAACAUGCUGAUCGGUGCGGUCAACAGUGAGAACGAUGCUGUCAACAAGAUCAAGAAUCACCUGACAGGAGAGUAUGGAGGAGUUCCUGACGUAGCCCGUCAGUACAAGGCCAGCGGCAUUUCCUGGGUCGUGGUUGGUGACGAUAACUAUGGUGAGGGCUCUAGCCGAGAGCAUGCGGCAUUGGAGCCCCGGCAUCUGGGAGGCAGGGCUAUAAUUGUCAAGAGCUUUGCCAGAAUCCACGAAACAAAUCUCAAAAAGCAGGGUCUGCUCCCCCUGACCUUCAACAACCCAUCAGACUAUGACAAGAUCCGCCCCGACGACAAGCUGUCCGUCAGAGGACUUAAAAGCUUUGCUCCAGGAAAGCCUCUGACCGCGGUCUUAAAACACAGCGACGGCAGUGAGGAGACCCUGCAGCUCAACCACAGCUUCAACGAGACACAGAUUGCAUGGUUCAAGGCAGGCUCCGCCCUCAACAGGAUGAAGGAGCUGCAGCAUUGAGAAUGAGGAGGAUGAUUUGUCAGAGGGAGGGAAGCAGUGGUGAGGAUUGUGGGCAAUAGGGAGGAUAAAGUAUAAUGAUUCAUCUUCUGCAUAAUCUUACAGUUCUGAAUAAAUUAAUGUGUCUGUAUACCUUUAAGAGUUAAACAUAGAGCCAGAUGUGAAGCUAAUGUUGCCGAAUUUGCUCUGUGGGUCAGAUCUUUAAAAUUUAAUUCAUCAGUACACAGUUAUUGACUGAAACAUGGCUGCUUACAAUCAGUGAUAACCUGUUAGAGAUUCUGUUGUAACAAACAAGCGAUUGAUGCACUCAUACACUUUGACACAAUAAUCUCUGGCACAACAGGCUGCCAGCUGAUGUCCUUCUAGUGUGUUUGCAGUAUGGAGGGCAAUCACCUUAUUGCUGUAGGAUUGUGUUGACCUCUGCACAGCAGUAUUUGGCUUCAUCCAAUUUGCCCCUGUGCUAUUCAUACUCAACGGCUAAGUGCUGCCAUAUGUUGCGUUUCUGGGUCUUUUUAGUCUUUUUAGUGAAUGUCACAAAUCACAUGGAUACGUUAUAAAGCUGUGCUCGCACAUUUAUUCCCCCUGAAGUUUAGCUCUUCUGCCUCCUGGUGGCCACAAGGAUGUGGUUUACUGUAUACCAGAUACAGCAUCUUUCAUAUAAAUGCCCACUUUGCCACCAAGUUGACAUCUUUUGUUCUUCUUUUUUUUCCCACUAAGGAUUUGUCAUAAGGCACUCUGAGAAACUCAAAUCAGCCAUCUUAUCUGUAACAUGUGGGGAUGCACUGAAUAUGAGAUUACUGUAUAUGUAACUGUGAGAACAUAAGGGGUCCUUUUUGUAUUUGUCCUUCUUUAUGGUACAUGUUCACUCAUUUGUAGAUACAGUGUCAACAUGCAAAAAAAAAACCCCAAACACAUGCUUUAAUGCUGUCUAUGAAUACAGUAACUUACAGUUGUUUUCCUCGCUACUGCUGUCCCUAAUCUGUUCUCCCAAUCAGUCCUGCUGGCUUUUACAUUUCAGCCACCUUUACUGUGCUAAUGUGUGUUUUUUUUUUUUUUUUUUUUUUUUUUUCUUUCCCCUGCAAACCCUACCUAGCUAUACCUCUGUAAAAAGGGUUCUUACUCGUUCAUGGAGUAAACCUGGAUCUCUUCAAACAUAUAUUUUUAAGGCCCUUUUUGUUAUUUUUACCCCACCAAUCAAUAAAGCUUUAUCAGGGGGGAAAUGGUUACAAAAAACAAAACAAAGAAGUGUGACAGUUUUAUGGGGUGGAUUAAAAAAAAAAAAAAAAAACAGUGUUAACGAGGACUGUCAUAACACACAGAGACCAGUGGGCUGUGAGUUUGUCAGCAUAAUUAAAAGUCCAUCUGAGACCUUCAUGGCAGAAUCCUUUUUAACCUCCUGGUCCCUGAAAACUACACGCUCCAAUCAGAUGAAAGAUUGCACAACCCCCCCCCCCCCCAGUGUAUGUCUGAUUCAGUGUGCAGCUUGUUUCUUUUCUCUCAAAUGAUCUUGUGUGUAGUAUGGAAAUACAGUGGAUUGUAAAAUAAAAAAAUGUGCAGAUCUCAUGUAUUUAUGUGGGAUCCAGUGAUGUGACUGAA